GUGACAAUCCACGCUAAAAAUGGUUCAAGGUAAACGUUCAAGACUUUGGAUGAACUGUUUUUCAUAGAUUUAUUCAUCAAAGUUGUAUAUGACUAGUGGAGGGAUGCCCAGGUGCACUAGACGGGACAUAUAUUAACGUUCGUGUUAGCAUAGCUGAUGCACCUCGCUAUAGGUCACACAAAGGGCAGAUCUCUACGAACACCCUUGCAGUCUGACAGGUUCUUAAGAUUCUUUUACGUCCUACCGGGAUGGGAGGGAUCAGUAGCUGAGUCCCGCGUUCUCCGUGAUGCUUUGACUCGUCCCAACGGACUCAAAGUCCCUAGAGGCUCGUAUUACUUGUGCGAUAACGGCUACGCCAAUAGUGAAGGAUUCCUGACACCUUUCAAAGGAGUUAGGUAUCAUCUUAAGGAAUGGGGGCCACAACAUCAGAGGCCGACUAGUCCACGAGAACUCUACAACAUGAGCCAUACCAUGGCACGGAAUAUAAUCGAGCGUGCAUUUGCCAUAUUGAAAUUGCGGUGGGAAAUAUUGCGCAGCACAAGCUUUUACCCCAUUCAGACUCAGUCCCGACUCAUCAUGUCGUACUUUCUCCUGCACACAACUACAUAAGAGGGGAGAUGCUUGAAGACCCCGUUGAGCAAGAAUUGGAUGCCGCUGGAGAAGGGGGACAGCCUGCCCACGGGGAUUACCAAAACGAAGUGUACUACGUUGACACGAUUGAAUCGACACCGCUGUGGAACCAGAUGCGACAAGAGUUAGCCGACUACAUGUGGCAGCAUCAGUAGAUUGAUUUGUGUGUUGUUUCGACACAGAACUUAAAACCUUCUGAAUUUGGCAUGAUGCCAAAGUAGACAUCUAUUUCUUUUUAUUUGUGUUGUUUUAUGAUUUGCAAACCAUCCAUGCACAAUUAUCAGUGACAUCCGGGGCUGAGGUGCCUUUUGUUGUGUGAA